AUGGCAGGCAGUGCCACUGCUCCUAAUCCCUUGCAGACACUUCAGGAGGAAGCCGUGUGUGCCAUCUGCCUGGACUACUUCAAGGAUCCUGUGUCCAUCGGCUGUGGUCAUAACUUUUGCCGAGGGUGUGUGACCCAGCUGUGGGGCAAGGAAGAUAAUGAGCAAGACAGGGAGGAAGAGGAAGAUGAAUGGGAGGAGGACGAGGACGACGACGAGGCAGUAGGGGCCAUCGGUGGAUGGGGCAACUCCAUUCGGGAGGUUUUAUACCAGGGGGAUGCUGACGAGGAGUUGUUCCAGGACCAAGAGAAUGAUGAACCCUGGGUCGGUGACGGUGGCAUAAGGGACAGAAUGGAUUAUGUGUGGGACCAAGAAGAAGAGGAGGAAGAUACGGACUACUACCUGGGAGGCUUGAGACAUGACCUGAGAAUUAACGUCUACCUGCAAGAGGAGGAGAUUUUGGAAGAAUACGAUGAGGAGGAGGAAGAGCUGUACCCUGACACUCACCUGGCCCCGCCUCCAGCCCCUCCACGGCAGUUCACCUGCCCCCAAUGCCGAAAGAGCUUUAAGCGUCGCAGCUUUCGUCCCAACUUGCAGCUGGCGAACAUGGUCCAGAUAAUUCGCCAGAUGUGUCCCACUCCUAAUCGAGAGAGCCGGGUGAAUGAUCAGGGCAUCUGCUCCAAACACCAGGAAGCUCUGAAACUCUACUGUGAGGUGGACAAAGAGGCCAUCUGUGUGAUAUGUCGAGAAUCCAGGAGCCACAAACAACAUAGUGUGGUACCAUUAGAUGAAGUGGUACAUGAGUACAAGGAGAAAAAAAUGGAGAAACUAGUGAAACCUUGCAUCCCGAGUGCUGCCAUAACUUUGAGAGGAAAUUGAGGAAUUCCAGAAUUUCUUCAUCAACUUCUGCAUCUGAAUUCAUUGACUGAGCCUAUCAAACAUCGGGUUUAAAAAACAAAACAAACAUCAGCUUAUCCUUUGCUCUUAGUUGAGAUUAAUCUACUGAUGAAGAAAACUGUACUUUGCUUUGUUCGGAGUAAGGCUUUAAAAACUCUGGAAAUGCUAUUUUCACUAAGCCUAGCACUAAAGACAGUAUUUUUGAGGUUGUAUGAAAUGAAAUUAGUUGGAAGAAAAAAAUUAGAGAAGUAUAUGUUAAUGGUGCUACAGCAAUGGCAUGUUUUAGAUCUGGGUCUUUGUCAGAAAUUGAAGAAAACUGGAGAGAUGUACCGUAGCAGUCACCACCAAGCAUUGACUUCAUCAGCCUGCCCAUAAUCUACUGGAAAUCUUAAGCCUUGCUGUCAGCAUAACUGUUGUGAAAAGUAGUCCAUCUGAUCCCAGUUUGCCUUGGUUUUCAAAAAUCUGAAUGCUAUUCAGAGUAUUUCCUGUCACGCACUGAGUUUCCUUGAUCAGAAAACUUGGUUCACCUGACUGAACUUCUUAUGGACAGAACAACUACUUUGGGACACCAAUGAUAAAGAAUCUGUACUUUAAAACUUAAAGCAGAAUUUAACACAUUGAAGCUUAAAAUACAUUGACCCUGAAAUGUCAAGGAACAGACACCAACAUCACUGCUUGUUAUGAAAUGAGCACUUUAAGCACUUGCCAAAAAUCUCUACAAAUGGCAAACUCAUAUGAAAAAUGUCAAUUUUCUUGGCUAAUCUUUCAAGAACCAGAUUCAUGAAUGUUAUUUCCAGGGAAAAAAAAAAAAAAGGGAAAAUCUAAAACUAUUCUGGGUGAUGUUUUGUUGACCUUGUUCUUAAAACCUACCUGUGGUAACUUUGGGAAGAAUGUCUCAUGUUUCACACUUAAUGUUCAUUUCUCACUAGAAGAACUUCAGGAGUUUGUGGAACUCAAAGUUGGAUUGUUUUGACUAGAAAUUUUCAGAUUUUAAUCCUACAUUAUUCCAUUUUUCUCCUUAUAUCUUAAAAGCUUUUUUUUAAAAUUGGUAUAACUAACUGUGGGAGAAAAUACCAUAAGUGUUGUCAAAGCAGCUUGUGUUUUGUUGCAUUUUCUACACCAUCCAGGAAAGAAAAGUUAAGGCUUAACAGUGACAUGGUUAUUAUAUCAUUUGAAUAAAUUUUUGCCUUCCAAAAU